ACUUCACUAUCCAUUCUAAUGCACUCCAAGGCGGCGAGUUAUUCGGCUUUCCAAAAGUUUUUUAACCGUUGCCUUAGGGAAUGGUAUGUCCAGUACGACCAAGGGACGAGUUUCUACUACGCAGAUCCUCCUGGGAUUCUAUUUACGAGGUUGAGGUCAAAGAAAAAUGUAAAGGAGGCGUCAGUAGAUAUGUCCUCUUGGUACUUUGGGAUGCAACAAGAAGGGAUUCACAUGAGUAGUUUGCUACAUGGGAACUCGCUUGCUUCUCUGGAGUUUGAUAGUCUUAAGAGAAAUGCCUAUGGAAACAAAAAGGAGGAGAUUUAUAGCACACUGCAUUUGGGAUACGAUACUUGGUAUUCCUCAUUCAUUGCCGGAUCAAUACUAGAUGGAUAUCAUGUAGCGUUUUGCCAUCAGUAUGACGUGGCUUUCAAUAGCUUUUAUCACUUUGGAAGGGUGCUUGAAAUCGACUUUGAAAAUCUCAAGACAUUUCCAAAGUUUCGCCUACUUACUGGGAACCUCUACAAUUUACCUUCCCUUUUGGAUAGAGAACUAUUCAAGUGCAUCGUACUUCAUGUUACAACUAAAAACUCAAAGGAACUCCUUAGAAGCAGGAUCAUCUAUGCGUUGCAUCAGAUGCUAAUUACAGGUGGUAGCCUAGUAGUUGUUUUAAAGGAGCCUGGUCUACUGCCAAAACUUAGGCAGUAUUUACCAUUUUUAAAGAAUGCUAUUGGUAUAGAAAAGACCGAUGAUAGACCCACAGAUGGUUACAAGAGAUACACUCACAGACCUGUAUCCAAACCGUAUUCUAUUGGCGGAAUAUAUUACAAUGGAAAACAACAAAGUACUAUACCUGUAACUGCUUCAGGUGACUAUAAAAAAAGUGUCACAGCAUACUAUUUGAAAUAUGAUGAAGGUAACCUAGUUCCGGUGGUUGUUGGACUUGAAAAGUCUACUGGGAGUGACAACUAUUACUACCACAAAAGAAGAAAUCCUCUUGUGGUUACUAGUUCUUGGGAGACAGAAUUCGAUAUUUAUCAAGAAAGUGACCUCUCUCCAAAACUUGCAACUAUCAGUACUCAGCUAAAGCAAUUUGUUGUACUGAAUCUCGGUCAAACUAAUGGGAAUUACUAUGCUAACGGAGAAAUUAGUAAACCUCCACCAACAAAUCCAAAUACUCAAAUUGAAGUCACUGGGCCUAAUUAUAUCCAUACAAUCUAUAAAAGGUACAAGCAUAGUCCUGCUGGAGGAAUAAAUCGUAUGAGACUCCUUUCUACAAAAACUACUUCUAAAAAUAUACCUGUUAACCCUCAUGUUUAUCGAACAGAGUACACUUCUGCUAAUGUCUACUACUGGAAAGAGGAUUCUAGACAUACUAAACCAUUGCUCCUUGGAUUAGAAUCCACAGAUACUGCAUAUUUUAGGCUAAAUAAGGAUAGUAGUGAAUGGGAAAGUUGCGGUAAAGCUCUGUCAGAUCUUAAUGGAGAGCUUGACAGGGAAAACUGUACAUGGAAUGAUGCUCAUGUUUUAGAUAUUUCACAGAAGAGUAAUUACAACUGUCCUAGUUGCAUCUAUAAGCAAGUUAAAGUAACCAACUAUGGUGAUAACUGUGCCACUAGUGAGUAUUCAUACUCUCAUCUUGUUGGUAGUUUCUUUAGAUUUAAGGAUGGAGUAACGGAGCAGACAGGAAUUAACUUUCCACAAAGUACCACUCUAGUGUUUGUAUAUUACUAUCCCAAAGGAUCCGAAGGAAUCCCACUCUUGGUUUAUCUUCAAGAUUCAUCAGAUAAAUGGUACCAGAGAACCUCUCUUGACUUAACCGAAUGGACUGAAGUAUCUCAGGGCAAACCAGAUGGUCCUACUAAUAGUUCUGAGAUCCUUCAACUUCUAAAGGCCAAAUUGCCUACUGUUACUAUUGACAUCAGUAAGACAGAUGCGCAAACUGGUUACGAAGAUCCUUCUGAAGGUGGAGAAGUAAAGCAGCAAAUUAAGGUUACAAGACAGAAUCUAGAAGAUGAAUAUGUUGGCUUUUCUCACUGGGUCUGGAUAAAGAUGGUUUCAUACUUAAGGAGGUCAAACAUGGUAACACUAUACCUGGAAUAUCAUCUGAUUCCAUUCUUAAAAGUGUAA